AUGCAGGACCUGCAGCUCGUCCCCAGGGCCGUAAAGGAAGCCCCCACUGCGGACUCCGUGUGCUGUCGUGGGGCGGUGACCGCAGCAGUGGCCUCCAGCAUGAUCGCCCUCGGCCUGGGAGUCCUUUUGGCCCUCCUCUCCACUCAGGGCGUCCAGGUGGAGCACAGCGCCGAACUCCGGGGGAUCCGCUUCGCCAGGGCGCUGCAGCGCGACACCUCAGACUAUCACCGCGGGCUCACCGCGGCGCUGCAGAAGCUGUUUCUAAGUAGUUUUCAGGAGACGGAGUUAGAAACAAGCUGCGUUGGCUGCACGGUCCUCAGUUACAGGGAAGGGAAUUCCAGUGUCCUGGUGCGUUUCCGGCUGCACUUUUUGCUUCGCACCUUCCAAUCACUGAGUCUGGACCUGGAGGAGGAAUUAUUGCAGCGGGGUAUCUGGGAGAAGCUUCGAGAAAGUGGCAUCUCACUGGCUCCUUAUGGCACCAUUGUGUCGGCAGAGCUCACAGGCGACUGGAAGGGACCAGGGGCCGACAGGGACCUAAAAUCAGGUCACUGUCCCGAGAACGCUUUCUCCUGCCGCAGCGGCCAGUGUGUGACCAAAGUGAACCCCGAGUGUGACGACCAGGCCGACUGCUCUGACGGCUCGGACGAGGAGCUCUGCGACUGUGGGCUGCGGCCGGCCUGGAGGGCGGCGGGCCGGAUCGUGGGCGGCGCAGAGGCCGCCCCGGGCGAGUUCCCCUGGCAGGUCAGCCUGCGGGAGCACAGCGAGCACUUCUGCGGGGCCACCGUGGUGGGCGCCAGGUGGCUGGUGUCCGCGGCCCACUGCUUCAACGAGUUCCAGGACCCCGCCGAGUGGGAGGCGCGCGCGGGCUCCACGGCGCUGAGCGGGUCGGAGGCCGGCGCGGUGCGCAUGCGCGUGGCCAGCAUCGCCAAGCACCCGCGCUACGACGCGGACACGGCGGACUUCGACGUGGCGGUGCUGGAGCUGGCGCGGCCCCUGCCGCUCGGCCGCCUCAUCCAGCCCGCCUGCCUCCCGGCCGCCUCGCACGCCUUCCCGCCGGGCAGCAAGUGCCUCAUCUCGGGCUGGGGUUACCUCAAGGAGGACGUCCUGGUCAAGCCAGAGGUGCUGCAGAAAGCCACUGUGGAGCUGCUGGACCAGGCUCUGUGUGCCACCCUGUACGGCCACUCACUCACAGACAGGAUGCUGUGUGCUGGCUACCUGGAUGGGAAGGUGGACUCCUGCCAGGGCGACUCGGGAGGGCCCCUGGUCUGCCAGGAGCCCUCGGGCAGGUUCUUCCUGGCGGGCGUCGUGAGCUGGGGCAUUGGCUGUGCAGAAGCGAGGCGUCCAGGGGUCUACGCCCGGGUCACCCGGCUGCGGGACUGGAUCCUGGAGGUCACUGGCACGGGGCGCUCCCCGCCGGCCCCCACCCUGACUCCUGGCCCUGCGGCCGCCAACACCACCCCACUCACCAGCUCCAGUCCCAGUGCCCCCGCCAGAGCCACGCCCGUCCCCAGCACUGCGCCCCUGGACCCAGUCACCACCGCUAAGCCACCAGAGUGCGGGGUGCGGCCCGCCAUGGAGAAGCCCACCCGCAUUGUGGGCGGGGCCGGGGCCGUGUCUGGCGAGGUGCCCUGGCAGGCCAGCCUGAAGGAGGGCACCAGACACUUCUGUGGGGCCACCGUGGUGGGCCAGCGCUGGCUGCUGUCUGCCGCCCACUGUUUCAACCACACCCGGGCGGAGCAGGUGCAGGCCCACCUGGGCACCGCGUCCCUCCUGGGUGUCGGCGGGAGCCCCAUGAAGCUGAGGCUGCGGCGGGUGACACUGCACCCGCGCUACAACCCGGGCAACCUGGACUUCGAUGUGGCCAUGCUGGAGCUGGCCAGGCCCCUGGUCUUCAGCAAAUACAUCCAGCCCAUCUGCCUCCCCCUGGCCAUCCAGAAAUUCCCGGUGGGCCGCAAAUGCAUGAUCUCGGGCUGGGGCAACACUCGGGAAGGGAACGCCACCAAGCCUGACGUCCUGCAGAGGGCGUCCGUGGGCAUCGUGGACCAGAACACCUGCAGCGCGCUGUACAACUUCUCCCUCACUGACCGCAUGCUCUGCGCCGGCUUCCUGGAGGGCAGGGUGGACUCCUGCCAGGGUGACUCGGGAGGUCCCCUGGCCUGUGAGGAGACCCCGGGCGUGUUCUACCUGGCGGGGAUCGUGAGCUGGGGCAUCGGCUGUGCCCAGGCCAAGAAGCCUGGCGUGUAUGCGCGCAUGACCAGGCUGAAGGGCUGGGUCCUGGACGUGAUGUCUUCGGGGACCCUACCCACAUCAGCCCCGUCCACCAGGAGGACGCUGGCCACCACUGGCCACCCUGCCAGCACAGCCACCAGCCUCGAGGCCCUGGCGGUCACCACCAGCAGACCCUCCACACACGGGGCCACCAGCUGGGCCACGGUCCCACCUGCCCGCACCACUCUGUCUGCUGUGGGCACCACCACUAGGGGACAGAUGCUGCCCCUGGGUGCCCCUGAGACCACCACGCCCUCCCAGCUGCCAGACUGUGGCCUGGCGCCCGCUGUGGCCCUGGCCAGGAUCGUGGGUGGCAGCGCUGCGGGCCGCGGCGAGUGGCCGUGGCAGGCGAGCCUGUGGCUGCGGCGCCGAGAGCACCGCUGCGGGGCCGUGCUGGUGGCCGAGAGGUGGCUGCUGUCGGCCGCCCACUGCUUCGAUGUCUACGGUGACCCGCAGCAGUGGGCCGCCUUCCUGGGCACCCCGUUCCUGAGCGGCGCCGAGGGCCAGCUGGAGCGCGUGGCGCGCAUCUACAAGCACCCGUUCUACAACCUCUACACGCUCGACUACGACGUGGCGCUGCUCGAGCUGGCCGGGCCGGUGCGCCGCAGCCGCCUGGUGCGCCCCAUCUGCCUGCCCGGCCCCGCGCCGCGGCCCCCGGACGGCCCGCGCUGCGUGAUCACCGGCUGGGGCUCGGUGCGCGAGGGAGGCUCCAUGGCGCGGCAGCUGCAGAAGGCGGCCGUGCGCCUCCUCAGCGAGCAGACCUGCCGCCGCUUCUACCCGGUGCAGAUCAGCAGCCGCAUGCUGUGCGCGGGCUUCCCGCAGGGCGGCGUGGACAGCUGCUCGGGCGACGCUGGCGGACCCCUGGCCUGCAGGGAGCCUUCCGGCCGCUGGGUGCUCACUGGGGUCACCAGCUGGGGAUACGGCUGUGGCCGGCCCCACUUCCCGGGUGUCUACACUCGGGUGGCGGCCGUGAGGGGCUGGAUAAGCCAGCACAUCCAGGAGUGACAGGCGCGGGGCUGCCAGCACCACAGCGCCCGCACAGGGCCGUCCAGGCUGCAGGCGGGCGGUGGGGGCGGGAGGACUGGGGUGCAGUUUGCGUAUUUUCUUACAAUAAACAGGCCCCUGCCCUUA